AAUAAAUAAAAUAAAGUUCUUUUUUUUAUUUUCUUGCAUUCCGCUUUGCUCAUUCUGUUGUGAUUUCUCUCGUUUCGCUGUAUGUACAUAACAUACAUUUACGAUUUACCCCGUCCCGGGUUUUAUUAUAUCACGUGCUUUUCUGUAGUACAUAACUAAUUUUUUUUUCAUCCAUUUCUCAUUUAAUUGCACUCUUGGAUUUCGAGUGUAUUUCGUUUAUUACCUUUCAUCGUUUCUUUCGUCGUCGAAUACUCGGAGCUCGGAGCAUUGAGAAAGUCUACCUCAAUACUACACUGCAAAAAAUUUGAAUUUUAGUUCUCAAUUUCCCUGCUGAACUGAGUGAGAAAAUCGUUGCUCGUGGUUGUUCUCGUUCCUAGUUGGUUUUUUGAAUUUGGUUAACAAAGUGAGGAAAUUACGUGCGAGAUUGUUUCUUUCUUUCUUUAUUUAUUUAAAUAUUAUAUUUUGCUGCUACCCGAUGAAUAUUUUGUGAAUAAAAUUUUAUUUUUAGAAUACUGUCAUACACUGGUUAUUAUUGAAAAAUACAAAACAAACAAAACAAAAAAUAAUUGAAUUAAUUAAUUGCUUCGCAAAUAAAAUUCCUGUAUAAACGUGUAAAAAGUUUAAUUCCUUUUUGGGAGGAACAUAAGUUUUGCAACAACAAGAGCGAAUUUUUGAACCUACAACUACCUACUAACAUCCAUCCGAUUGCUGCAAUAAUUAGUUUGAAUUAUUUUUAAUUUGACUUCUCUAAAAAAAGUUAGUACCAAACGAUGUCGUUGGACACACUUUUAAAAGCCGCUCAGUAUAUUGAGUUGCAAGAACAAAGUCGAUCAUUAGAACUAUCACCAGUUCCAUCUAUCGGUGAACGUUAUCAAAGAUCUCAACCGCAACAGCAGCAUUUUUAUGAAAGUCGAAACAAUGCACGCCAUCACCACCAAGUGUCAUCGUCAUCAUCGCCUUCGUCGUCUUCAUCAUCGUCACCGUCAUCAUCAUCAUUAUCAUCAUCAUCACCACCAGCAACUGCUUAUGUUCUGUCAAAUGGCCAAAUUAUGCAUAAUAAUACCAACCUUAGUAGUAGUAUCAACAACAACAACAACAUCAACAGCAACAAUAACAACAACAUAAGUCAAUUAAUUCAAAAUGAUUUUGAUUAUGGCGUUGAAGCGGUGACAAAUGCAGUGGCAGCGACCGCAGUUAAUGGUAGAACUAGUGAAGGUCGCAGUAUUACGGAGGAGCCAUACUCGAAUGGUCACUCAUCCCCUUCCUCCUUUAAAAUGAUUAAAACACCAACACCAUCUACCACAAUCACAACAAAUAAACACCAACAACUACAUCAACAAGGAUUACAAUCACAAGAACAACUAUCAUUGUCCAACAAUAAUAUUAAUAAUAAUAAUAAUUGUUCGCCAAAAAACGAAAUGCUUACUUCCCUCUUCUCAAAUAACAAUAACAAUAAUACAACAAUAACAGUUGUUGAUAAAAAUAAAAAUCCCAUAUUCACCACGAAUGGCAAUAAUAGUAAAAUAAAUAAUAAUAAUACAAGUGCUAAUUUGGCAGCAUUUAAUGGUGGUGUUAAUUUGGCAGCAUUGUCUGCAGCUGCUGCAGCAGCGACAACCCAACCGAUUGUCAUAAAUGUAACUAAUACUCGUACUGCAGCGAAUACAUUUAGUGCCAAUAAUUUAAUUCCCCACACAACACCACCAUCAACAAUAGCAACAACAACUAUCAAUAAUAAUUCAAAUUCAAAUUUAAGAAAUUCACCACAAAUGGGUGCAUCAGCUGUUGCAGCUGGAACUGCAUCAGCAGCAAAUACUUCUUCAGUAUUUCGUAAAAAAUGCAUACCCCUCACCCCACCGCCAAUGUCAAAUAGAAAGUUUAUAGAAUCUUCAAGAAUUCGUAGUUACUCACUUUCUUCCAAUAAAAUUACAGCCAACAGUUUAGUUGGAAGCAAUGGAAUUAUAACCACCACUACCAACAACAACAACAACAACAAUAGUAGUAGCAACAACAACAACAUCAACAACAACACACCCGCCAUCUUGCAUAACCAUUAUAUUCAUCAAGUUUUGGCUGCAGCCGCUGAAGAUUCAUCACAAUCCAGUUUGAAUUUAUCAUCGUCUGGCUAUUUGAGUGGUGGCAGUAUUAAUUCGAAUGUCGGAAGCAUAAAUUUGUCUACGUCUGCUGGUGGUGUUCCAAUGAAUGGUGUUAGUAUGAUAAACGGAUCACCGCCCAGAGGAGGAAGUUUAUUGGUUUCCGGUGGACAUUUGGAACACCCGAUGUCGUGUGUUGCAUCAUCGGCGCCAACAUCUAGUGGAGUACAUCAACUACAUGGAUCGAUUGGUGGUGGCAGCAGGCGAAGAACGAUAAGUUCCAAUAGCAAUGGUUCCUCGUGUACUUCUAGGGCGGGCACUCGAGAAGUUCAUAAUAAACUGGAAAAACAUCGAAGGGCUCAACUUAAAGAAUGUUUUGAACAAUUAAAAAGCCAAUUACAACUUAAAGAUGAAGAACGAAAGAAAACUUCAAAUCUAUCCAUCCUUGGAGCUGCUUUAAAACAUGUUAUGGCACUUAAAAUGAAAGAACAAGAACUUGAACAACAAGUUGAGCUUCUGGCAAAAGAAAAAAUCAAUGCACAAAAGAAAAUUGUAAAUCUUAAGCGUGAGCUUGGACCAAAAGUUGAUAACAUUGAUUUUUCUAGUAUUAUUUCCGACAUUGAACUUGGCAGCAUUCCGAUCGAACGAGUUACUGAAGGCCUCAAUGAUUCGAUCUCUCUGUCAUCUGGACGAGGUAGUAUGUUGUAUAGCUCAUCUAGCUCUCUAUCGAGUGGCAGUGGCGGCAAUACAAUGUCCUCACCACUAGGCGCUGGAAUGCAAACUUCAAUGCCAACUGCAUUGUCACCUGUGAUAUCACAAUCAACAUCGUCCUCCUUCUCUGCCUCUUCUAGUAAUAGUUCACCAAUAUCUCCGAAUAUAAUGAUGAAAACAUCAUCGCCAUCAUCUCAGUCUACGUCAUCGUUGUCAUCGCCUUCGUCGUUGUCUACAUCAACGUCUGUUGCUGUCGCAGCCGCCGCCGUCGGUGGUUCAUCAUCAUUAGUGGUUACUAAUCUAUCUAAUACUGGAAACAGUAGUGGUUGUUCCUCGGCAACAACAUCCGUUACCAUGCCGCUAUCUUUGACGGCAAAAAACAUAUCGGCCACAUCAAUGACUCGUGGAUCACCAACACCAUCGACGCCCUCACCAUCGCCGUCCUCAUCGAGUGGUGUAUCUUCAUCGUCCUCAAUUCAUUCAUCAUCACCGCCAAUUGGUGGUGUUAAAAUUGUUCCAAACAUUCCAACGACGAGUUGUGUGAAGUUUGGUAAUGUGACCAAUGUCUCGGCCAAUGGUAAUACAUUUGUUUCAUCUCCCGUUAUAAAUAUAACAUCACACAGUGAAAAUAAUGGAGGUAUUUCGUCAUCAAACAGCGUCUAUAAUUCUACUGCCUCGGGUAUGCCACUUAACAUGAAUGUAGCCGUUGUGUCCUCCAGUUCACCAAGCUAUCCCUCCUUUUUUUCAUCAUCAUUAACAUCAACAUCAUCCCCGUCGUCGUCGUCGUCGUCAUCAGCAGCAUCGACCAUCACAACUUCAGUCAGCCAUAACAAAGAAUCAAAUAAUAAUAAUAAUACCGUUGGACGUAACGGUCUGACUCGAAAGACUCCUGCUAGCUCUAGCGAUAGCCACAACAAUAAUAUCGAAAAUUACUUUAAUAACAAUCAACAUCACUAUCAGCAUCAGCAUCAGCAGCAACUCCUAGACGAAGGUGAACAACCUGCAAAGGUUUUUAAGGUAUUCAAUGGACUGGCAUUGGGUCAAAUGGAUAAGGAUAACAAAUUGGGUCUUGCAACAACACCUCUGCAAUUGUCUCAAGUUGUUGGCGGCGGAAGUUUGGUUGUAAGUCCUUUUUUGACUUCAUCUCAAAAUGGUGGUGGUAGUCUUCGAUUAGUUGGACCAAAUAGCUUAGCAACAAUUGAGCUAAGCUCUGGACCUUCUAAUCAGUCCAGAUGCAAUGGAAGUCUUCUUGGUCAGUCAUUAUCCCCGCCAAAUUCUGGAGGUGGAGCUCAGUUACAUAAAUUAUUGAUGAGUGCUGUUAGUGCCAGUGCUGGUAAUGGUGGUGGCACCAAUACUAUAUCCAACGGUAAUUCCUCGAACUAUGUAUCGGCUGCUGAAGUUGGUCGAUUGCCUGGAGGUGCCGAACUCAAUAUCCUUCCCACCGCAACAAAUGGUACAACCUCAAUAUACAGAGGUAAUGGAAAAUUGUCCAUUGUAAAUAAUGGAAUUUCACUUAAAGGAGCUGCAAAUGAUACUAAUUCAUCAACUAAUGUUGGACGUGGUGUUCAUGUACUAAACACUCAAGUUCUACAAUCGGCUGCUGGACUCGGAUCGAUUAAUGUUUCUCAAGCACAGCAAAAUAGUAACUUUGCUCAAUUGAUUGCUACUUCACCUCAGAUGGCUGGAAAGGUAAAUCUCUCAGUGGGUGGACAAAGCCUACCAUUAAUUGGCACCCAAUACCUCGGUUCAAUGAAACCAAUGGUUGUGGCUGUUUCAACAAAUAAUAAUUCAAAUCAACCCACCUUACCGUCAUUGUCAUCUGUUGUUGUUCCGCCUACAUCACUGACGACAUCGACCGCUAUUGUAACAGGAACCACCAAUGGCAAUGCUUUAUAAAUCUUUACCAAUUUUACAUUUUGUAAUCUAUAAAUCUAUAAGUAGUGAGUUAAAAACAAAAAAAAAAAACAAAACAAAACAAAAAACAAUUGUAUUUGAUUUAAAAUGAUUUUUUAUUAUUUUUCUAUUAUGAAAUUAAUAUAAAUUAUGUAGUGAUGUAUAUUGUACUAAACGAAAAGAAAAUAUAUAUAAAAAAAUAAAUAUAUGUAAAACAAAUCACACCACACACCAUCGAUUGACCACACCACCACCUCCACCACCAUUCUUCCUCUUUCAUAUUCAUAAACAAAAUAUAUCUUAUCUCAAAAUACUUUAUUUCAAAAUGCAUUUCUUCUUGUUUUUUUAUUUUCAUUAUCAUUUUCAUAACAAUUAUUAUGUUUUUUUAAAUCUCUCUCUUUAAUUUAACAACAAAUGCAUAUAAAAAUCUAUAUUCUAUAUAUUUACAAAGAGAAAAAUCUAUAUAAAACAAAAAGAGAGCCAUCAUCAAUUUUACAUUGUACAAGAAACGAAGAAAAAUUAACAAACAAACAAAAAAUUACUUACUAAUAUGAAAAGAAAUUAAUGAACAAUCGUUGUUGUAAACACACAAAAACAAAAAUAUAUAAAAAUGUAUGUACAUAAAAAUAUAUAUAAACUGAAAUGUAUUUUCUCAAAACAAAACAAAAAAAAGAAACUUAAUUUUAAGUACAGAAAAAAAAACAAAAACAAAAAUAAUCAUUGUGAGUUUUAAGAUAGGAACAAACAAAAUUAAUUUUAAGAAUCAAAUAGUGGAUAGAAAAUUAAUUUUAGAUUGUCUAAAAAAUGUAUUAAAAAAUUAUUAAAAAAAAAGAAACAAGCACUUUUCUUUCACUUGUCAUUUGUGCAAAAAAGAAAAGUGUAUUUUGUUUACUGUAAAUAUAUUUAAAUUAUCUUUACUAUUAAAUAAAUUUUAUUUUAUUUAAGCAAAUAAAAAAUCCGGUGUAAGAUAGAAUGUUUUAAACAUUUUUUUUUAAAUUAUUGAGUCUAAAAGAAACAUUGUUUUUUACAACUCAAUGAAAACAAAAAAAAAAUAAUUGUACACAUUUAGUUGUUAUAUUGUUAUAAUAUUAUUAUUUUUUUAGAUUUUAUUAAUGUAAAUGUAUUUAUUUUUACCUAAGACGUAAAAUUGAAAUUAAGUUGCGCCUUAAGAAAAGAAAAUUGUUUUUAAGAACAAAAUUCAUGUUGAUACUUUAUUAUAAAACAAAAAAAAAUGUGUAACUUUUGUUUAUAUUUUUUUAAUUUAUUUCUUUUUUGUUAAACAUACUAUAUUUUUUUUUUAAUCUAAUCUAACUAAAUAAGUGGGUAAAUUCAAAAUAUUUUGUUAAAAGUGUUAAAUUGUGUAUAGAGAGUGAACAAACUAAAAACAAAAAUCAUGUAUAAAACCGGAGUAAUUAUUUAAAGAAACCAACACGUGAAAAAAGAAACGAAAUUAGGGAAUCAUUUUAAUGUAAUAAAAAAAUAUUAAAUUAAAACAAAAAAAAAACAUGUAUGUUUUUGCCGAUAUAAUGUAUUUAAAAACGGACAAAGGGGGGGUUAUUGCUGGAGCUUUAUGGAUUUGAAUCGUCGAUUUCAACAACUGUAACCUUAUAUUGUGGAAGAUGGUAAGUUCUCAUUUGAAAUUGAUACACAUCCCAAUCCUAACACAAUCUGACGAUUAAGUCGACAAAUCAAUGACAAAACAUUUUUU